AUGGUGAGCGAGUCAGUGAUGCAGUUGUCUGUGAUGCUGGAGUCUCUACUGGAGAAUGAGGACUUCAUUUCUGAGGAGCUGGAGUGUUAUUUUCUAGAGGCACUCUACUGUUCGCUUGGGGCUUCUCUUCUGGACAAAGGCCGACAGAAGUUUGACGAGCUCAUAAAAAAGUUGUCCUCUCUGAAUGGUGUUCAUGAUGAGAAGGUGCUUGCUGGCCCUGGACAGAUUCCAGUCCCGACAGUGGACACCACUCGUGCUAAUUGGCUGUUGGAACAGAUGGUGAAGGUGAAAAGGCCAGUGGUGCUGGUUGGAGAGUCUGGCACCUCUAAAACUGCCACCAUCCAGAACUUCCUGAGUAAUCUUAAUACAGAUACAACUAUAAUGAUGAUCAUCAAUUUCUCGUCGAGAACAACAUCUAUGGACCUGCAGAGGACUCUGGAGGCAAGUGUUGAAAAGAGAACCAAGGACACGUAUGGUCCUCCAAUGGGCAAAAGGCUCCUUGUGUUUAUGGAUGACCUCAACAUGCCAAGGGUGGAUGAAUAUGGCACUCAGCAGCCUAUAGCUCUUCUAAAGCUGCUGUUGGACAGGGGAGGCAUGUAUGACAGAGGAAAGGAACUUAACUAUAAACUCAUAAAGGACUUGGGCUUCAUUGCAGCCAUGGGAAAGGCAGGGGGCGGUAGGAAUGAAGUGGACCCUCGAUUCAUCUCUCUUUUUAGUGUGUUCAACAUCCCCUUUCCUCAGGAGGAGUCCCUGCAUCUCAUCUACUGUUCUAUUCUUAAAGGACACACCAAGUCCUUUGAGGAAUGCAUUCAAAACAUCUGUGACAAGUUAACCUUCUGUACUCUGGAGUUGUACAAAACCAUAAUUAAGGACCUACCGCCAACACCUUCCAAGUUCCACUAUAUCUUUAACCUGCGAGAUCUCUCCAGAGUCUACCAUGGCUUGACGUUGACCAAUCCUGAAAGGUUCUGUACAGUCACCCAGUUUGUCCGUGUAUGGAGAAAUGAAUGCUUAAGAGUCUUCCAUGACAGACUUAUCAAUGAAACUGACAAAAUUACGGUCCAGGGGCAUAUAAAGAAUCUGAUUGAAGAGCACUUCAGAUCAGACCUCGAUUCAGCCAUGAGAGACCCCAUUCUGUUUGGAGAUUACAGAACGGCUCUCAAGUCUGAGCCAAGAGUUCAUGAGGAUAUACUGGACUAUGAUGCAUCCAAAGCUCUGUUCCAG